GUCAUUAGAAACUUAAUCUGAUUUGUGUAUUAAAUUACGUGAACAGUGUUCGAACAGUUUCGACCAGCUCAAACGGUUUAACUAGAGUUUAAGUUGAAAAUGGCUAGUAACUCUUUCUGGAGCUUCGGUCAAGAUCGUCACCAAGGCCAACAAGAAAUUCUGGCGAGCAAGUUUUCAUUUUUGGCUGCUACUGCGCCGAAGCCUAAAACGAAAUUCGUACACAACAAUGGCAGCGCGAAGCCACCAGGAAAAUGUUCGAGCAAGCAAAAACAAAAAGUAUCUAACUGUGAACCGCAAAUUGUUUCGAACCUAAUGAAGGCGGGAAAAAAUUCUGUGCCGAAAAUUGGACAUCAAGCAAUUUCCAAUCUGAAAAAAGGGACUACCCAUUUUACAAAUUUAGUUGCACCGAAAAAGAAAAAAACUCGGAGAUCAUUCGUAAACGAUGAUUCCACAGAAGAUUCAAUGUUCUCCGACAUGCAGUCCACUGCAUCGGAUGUCAACAACUCCAUUGCGAACGAUAGACUGAACCAUCCGGAACAUGUGAUUCUGGACGAGCAAGCUUUGGAUGACUUGAUUCACAUGCAGCAGCAGGAAGUGUUGGAACUGGUCCAACAGCGGAAGAUAUUUGACAUACACGAUGAAGUGUCACCUGGACUGUACUCUCAUCAGUUCCAGUCCAAAGUGGCAGAGUACCUUGUAGAUGGAGGAAGAGUUUCGAUCACUGCAAAAAGGCUGAACAUUGACUCUGUGGCACUGAAGGCGUGGAAAAACCGUCUGGUGGAGGCGAAAAUGAAGAAAAAGAAGGCAGCUAAACAGAAGAAAGAGAGGCUUGCUAUGCCGACCCAGGUAAAGAUUCGAACGUACGCUCCACCGGCUCCGAGGGUUGCUAUGCCAAAGCCGAAAAUUAUACAUCCGAUUCUCAAAACAAACACGGCCGUUGCAGCCGCAAAAGCGAAGGCAAAAGCAGUGAAACCGCCGAAAAAGACCAAGAAGCAGAGAAAAUCACUCGAAGGCGAAGAGGUGGAAGUGAUGAAGACGCGAUCAUCUGAGAAGAGGAACCAGAAUUUGGAUACCGCGAUUGAAAAGGAAGGUCCUGGAAAAGGUAAACGAGGACGUGCAAAAAAGUCACAAAAAGGAGCUGAUAAAUCGUCUGACGUAAUGGAGGUUGAAUCGACAAAAGGAACUGACGCUUUAAACGAGGACUUUCUGAUUCUAGAUAAAGAUGCGUCGGUCCACUCCUCGGAAGAAUCGAUGCUCUCUUAUGAUGAGAAUGUUCUAGAAGCAAGAAGGCGUCAGCUAGAGGAAACUAAUGAGACCAAAGUGUCACUGUUUGUAUGCAACAGUUGCAGAGAAAUAUUCAGAAGUACUGUCGAGUUUCUGAAUCACGAGAGAAAUUGUGAGAAGUUUAGACCAGUUCCGAUUACGAAAGUUCAGUGAUAGCUGAAAGCUAGCCGAUAGCUUUGUUAGAUGUAGUUAAUGUAAGGUUUAGCAGUAUUUAGAGUUAGUUGAGAGCUAGCAAAAAGAUAAAUUUAAGUUAAAUUUAAGUGAGCAUUUCUUGAGACCAGGUUAUAAACCCGUUAAUUAAUUCGUUGAAUUUUCACGUGGAUCCAUGAGUGAAAUGUAGGCAAUUGAGACUUAAGUUAUGAUCCCAUUCUCUAGGAUUAUGGGCAGAAGAAUUGUAAUCUUUGCUAACGUGUAAACUAGCCUUUACUUUUUUAUUUGCUUAGUUUUUUUGCAUAACAAUUCAGAUUAGUGUCAGCUGUGAUUCCUCUCGUGCCGAAUGUAAGUGCAGCUGAGUGAAAGAGGCAUUUUUCUUGUUUUUCAGACUAAAGUCCGUCAGCUUAUUUUUUAUCAGACUUCUUCCCUAUUUCUAUCAGGCAACAAAAUAAGAGGGAUCGAGCCUGGGUAGGGUCGGAUGUGUUUGCUGAACUUUUUCAUAUACUACUUAAAAUGUGUCCGCUCUAUCAAUUGAGCCAUGUUAAUUGGCAAAUAUCUGUUUUCAAAUUGACUGGUACUACUAAUAUGUCAUAAUUGGCGUGCGUCUCUUAGAUUUUGUAAAGACUCAAAGUUUUACUCAUACAUUCGACUAAUCUGUAAAAUUUCAACUUCAUUACUGAGAGUUUGAGCCAAUUCGUUCAAACAAAAGAAAGUUAGCAGAAGAGAGCGGUUCAGUGGUUAAUGACGGAGACUACAUUUGAACAUGUUAGCCACAAAUAUUAGAAAUUUUACAUCAACUGUUCUGACUGCCAGUUCGAGGCAAUUAAUCCACACAGCAGAUUUGAUGCUUCAGUAGCAGAAAUUUUGAAAAAAAAAGAAAAAGGAGGAAGACGAAAGACACGGAAAGAGGCAGUAAUACCCAUCUGAAGUAGUUCAAGAAGCGAAUUGAAAAUUACCAUUGUUUGAACAGUCUAAACCCGCGAACGUUCUGGAGGUAUCGGUGUUUGUCCCACAGUCAUCCAGUCAGAUGACAGUCAAUUUGAAGCUUGAUGGAUGGUUUCAUCUAAUGAUUCAUCUAGAGAUGCAGCAGAAUCCGAUUUAAAAAAAUUUUUUGGAUGAGCUUGUUGACAAUUUAAAAGAUGCCCUGUUCCAACAUCGACCACGACUUAACGGAAAUACCUGCACCAAAACCCGAGAAUACCUGCACCAAAACCUACCUCAAGACACUGAUUGACACCAGACAUCAAGAAUCGUAUGCCGCAAAUGUGAACGACAAUCAAUUCUAUGCCCGCGCUACGGGAGGAGAGACGCUCCCCCGUUCCGUCAACAGACCGAGAGAGGAGGAAGUCACCCUGUUCCAACUCCGUGUAAACAGAGCCCCUCAACUUCAAGACACCCUCUUCCGUUACGGACGAGAGGAGACGGAAACAUGCCCCUACUGCCACAACGCCCCAGAGACGGCGGAGCACUUUCUGUUCUUCUGCUUGCAUUGGCAGGCCGAAAGAAACGACUGCCUGGGCGAAUAUGCAACAAUUAUCUUGUGUAAUAGAAUCAAUGAAUCAUUUCGUUUGUUUCCAUUUUAAGUUCGAAUUCCAUGUUACUUUUGGCACUCAUAAACCAGUGAUUGUGUCCACGCCUGGGACGCUAAAAUUUCAAAGCUCGAAUCCAGACUCUUUUGAAGAAAAAAAAUGUAGACUGACUGUUUGUCUGCUUAUUCAUUAUUGGCUUGUUUGCCAUAGCGCGGAAUUUUCCUGUGGUUUAAGCAGUUUUCACUAUUUUUUUAACUUUUUUUAGACGUUUUCCUGUUUUGAUUUUUUAACU